AUGGAGGAGGAAGCCUCCAAGCAGCACAGGUUGAAGCGCUACCACAGUCAGAGCUACGUCAACGGCUCCAAAUGUGACCUGAAUGGGAGCCCCAGGGAGACUGAAGUCAGGUUUGUGUGUGAGGGGUCGGGUGACUACGUGGCCCGUGUGGACGAGCCCCAGUCCUGUCGCUACGUGUUGACGGUCCACACCACCCGCACCUGCCAGCACCCCUUCCUGUGUCCGCCCUCCACCGCCAAGCCCCAGGGCAUUGUGUGCCAGUCGGCCCUCAGCACCAAGCAGUACAUGGACUAUGUCAAGGCCCAAGUCUCGGACACAAAACGUAAAGUGGAGCAGAUCUCAGAGGAGCUGAAGACUCUUGAUGAGAUUUUGACCGGUGAUGAGGGGACAGAUGGCACAGCGGAUGAGCGGACAGACGAGGAGUCAGCGACACCAACCGAAGUCCCAGAUGUCCUGGGGUCAGACACAAAAGAUGCAGGUGUCACCUCUGAACAUCCAGAGGAUUCUGAUUUCUGGGAGGGAGUGACAAAUCCAGGGGGCACCACAGCAACUGACACCACUUCAGAGCAUCAGCUUUUGGAGAUGAAAAAAUUCAACUUCAAGGUCAUCACAGACCCUGCAGACCUGAUGAAAUUUGUGCAGCAUCUAAAAGAGAGCAACAGAAAGGUUAGUGCCACCUUUAUGCCAGGCUAUGGAAAACCAAAAGAAGCACUGAGGAAGGAAAAAGAGAGACGUGGAGCCGAGGAUGAAGAAGAGCGUCUCCUGCUGCAGGAGUUUGAUGAAGAGAUAGCUGGCCUCUCGGUGCCCUCUGCCAACAUCGAGGAGAUGAAAAAGGAAAUGCAAAAGGAGUUUGACAACAUCAUAGACGAGGCUCAGCAGGAGCUGGACACAGAGGGUCUGAAGGGGGAGUUUGACCGCACUCAGGCCACCCAGACUCUUGAGACAACUCUGGACAAGCUGCUGGACCGCUUAGAGGACAAAGAGGCCGGGGACACACAGGGAGAGCACCUGACAGAGGGAGGCCAGCAAGCUAACAACCCAGCCAGGGGCAGCCCCAGCCUGGCCCCGCAACAGCCAGCGACUGACGACCUUGUUAAAAUCAGAGUUACUAAGUAUAAGACGAGCGGCAGCCCUGAUGGGGAGGUCGAAGUUCAGGAGAUGGGCGAAGGCGACCUCCAGUGGCAGCAUAUUAAGGACAUGGUUAAAGAACAGCUAGAGAAGGCAGGACUGAAGGCCGAAGGUAAAAUUGAGGUGAAGAUUUUAACACUAAGGACAGCUGAGGAUCAGUGGCUGACUGAAGAAGAUACUAAGUCAUUCAGAGAGCUGCUCAUCAACCUCUUGACAGGGGGAACAGAUGAAGUUUACAAGGAGCAAAAGAGACAUCAGGAGUUGGAAAACAACUACAGACUUGUAUGGGGAGAGAGACCAGAAGAGGCCCAGUACACCAGUACUGCACCGGACUCAGACGAUGUGGAGUUAUGAGCUCUGGGGAGACGUUUACUCGCAUCGUGGGAACCAAGCACCUGUGGAGGCUAGGAGCGGGAGUGUCCCUCACCCCUGUCAGAACUCUGAACUCACUGCUAAGUCUCAGCUGCCCCUUGGGCCCCACUGGAAGCACCAGUGUCCACAAUUACACCUGUUCCCACACAUAGAAAUGUGUUGUCCCUAUCAGGCACCCUUAUGUGCCUUGCACAAACCAAUCCAAAUGUCUCAGCUGUGGUGGUGUAAUGGUGUCAGGUUUUGUUUUCUCUCCUCAAUGUGAUGGCUGAAAAGGGGCAUUAUUUCAAUGUCUGUUGCUAUGUUGGGUUGAGAGGAGGGUGGGAAAAACACCAUGGACUUGGCAAUUUGCACCUGUGAAAAUGUAUCUAAGGCUUGGACUGAAUGGGGUUUAACUUGACAUUUCUACAGAAGUAUGAUGCCCUCUCCUUGUGUAUCCACACAGCAGUUCUUAUAACUAUGCCACUGUGUUUUUAUCUGCUGCUCUACAGUGUGAGGAAAUGAUCUCCGGGAGUGAUGCAAUGGAGGAAUUCACCUGGUAUUUACACUUGGCGUCACAAAAUGAUACAGUAUGUUUGCAAAAGGAGGAUUCUGUUCACCAGUUAUCUUUUAUUGUUUAGAAAUUCUACAUUUAUUUUAAAAGAAUGCAGAUUCGGAAACCUGAAAAAGAGUGAGAACCACAUGCUGUUGUGGUUUAGAGGUUGAACCACAGUUUGAAUAUUUAAAUGAGAUCCAGUGUAAUUUAGUGAAGCUUAUACAACUCUUUAAUUUUUCAUUGUAGAAUUGACACGCUUGAUGAAACAUUCCUCAUAUUCCAUAUACAUUUUGUAGCGCUUUAAAAGUUGAGAAAUGGUUCUGGAAAGUUGUACAUUUUGUCAACUGUCAUGAAUGUUCAAAACUGUUAUUUUAUGUUUAAGAUUUUUUUGGUUUGAUGCCAUGUACAGCAAACCCAAAAAUACUUAACCUAUUUUCAUUUGAGAAGUUAUUUCUCAGAAAUAGUGAUUGGAGCUCAGCUGUUCCUGUCAACAAAAUGUUUUUGUUUUUUUGGCGCAAAGGUUUCCUCAGUGAUAAAUACAUGCCAUUUAGCCAACAAUUUUAUCCAAAGUGACAGUCAGGCGUGGAUACAUUUUACAUAUAGGUAGUCCCGGUGAUCAAACCCACAACCCUGGUGUUACAAGCGCCAUGCUCAAACAACUGAGCUAGAAAAGGCUUAACGUGUAACGGCUGUCCUCCUCCUCUUCAGAAGAAGAGGAGGAGUAGGGAUUGGACCAAAGCGCA